CGCCCAGAAAUUGUAACCCAAAAAAAAAAAAAGGUAAAGGAAGAGGAAAUCAGGUGGCCGGAAUCCAUCGCACCAGAGCAGAGGGGGGAUCGCCGCGGCGGCGGCGGCGGAGGGGGGGAAGCACUGGAACGGUCGCCGUGGAGCGAUCCGGGGGGCAUCUGCGCCCGAUGUGGGCGUGGGGCUGCGUCGAGCGCGUCGCCGCUGGCCUCCUCGGCCCCGUCGCCGGCGCCCACGGCGGCGGCCGAUGGAACACCGCCGUCGCCGUCGGGGUCACGGCCGCCGCCGGCCUCGCGCUCGUCGUGAUCGUCGUAUCCUCCCGCAGAGGCGGGCUCAAAUCGCCGUGGUGGCGGCGGCGGAGGAAGGCUGCGCUUAAGGCGCAGGAAUGGGCUAGCCUAUUCACGCCGGAGGGGAAGCUUCAGGACGGUGGAGUGAAGCUUCUGAAGAAAGUUCGGAGCGGAGGGAUUGAGCCGAAUAUCAGAUCACAGGUGUGGCCGUUCCUUCUGGGAGUUUACCGUCUUGACAGUACAGAAGCUGAAAGAGAUGCAGUUAAGGCAGAUAACAGGAAGGGUUAUCAGUUAUUGAGGAAGCAUUGCCUGCAAAAAUCCGUCUACAGCAGUGAAAAGGGCAAUCGAUCAAAUGAAACUGCUGGAGCCAAUCAUGUGGAGUGUGUUAGUUCUGAGAAAGGUGAAGACACUGUUAGUCCAGUUGGAUCUGAAGAAAUACCUGAAAAAUCUAGUGUAGAAGAUCAUCUUGUUAGUGAAGACACUGUUAGCCCAGUUGAAUCUGAUGAAGUAACUCAAUCUCGUGUAGAAGAUCAUCUUGUUGGUGAGGAUAAUCCUCUUGUGAAUUUAGAGGAAGAAGUGCAGGAUGGCCCAUUGAAGGCAAGUCCUGAGAAGCCAACGGAGGAUCACUCUUCAUCUAGUUCAUCUGAUGAGGAUGAGAGUGAAAAUAGUGGCCUGACUCAUGCAGAAACAUCUCGUAUGGAUGUCACCUCAGUUCAACAAUCUUUAACCAAAGAUGAACAAGAAAGUAUUCCAAGAUAUUCCAGCACAGGAGGAAACAUGGAAAAUGAUAGUGAGUUAUCUAAGGCUGCUCGUCCUGUGAAAGCUGCGCGCGCACUUGAGGAUUUUGAGACUUGGCAACGAAUUAUCCGUUUGGAUGCAGUUCGUGCUAAUGACGAAUGGACUUCAUACUCCCCAUCGCAAGCUGUGGUUUCCAGAGAGAAGGCAAUUGAAUCAGCAAAAGCUGUUUGUCUGAAAGACUAUGAACAUUUGCAACCACAUAGGAUCCAUCAUGCAUCACGCCUUGUUGCAAUUCUCGAGGCUUAUGCCAUCUAUGACUCGGAAAUUGGAUAUUGCCAGGGCAUGAGUGACCUCCUUGCACCUCUACUUGCUGUGCUGGAAGAUGACAAUGAAGCCUUCUGGUGCUUUGCUGGUUUUAUGAGGAAAGCCCGUCAUAAUUUCAGGCUUGAUGAAGUGGGCAUUCGCAGGCAACUAAACAUGGUAUCCAGGAUAAUCAAACACAAGGACUUCCAUCUUUACAGACAUUUGGAGAUGCUCCAAGCUGAGGACUGCUUCUUUGUUUACAGAAUGGUGGUGGUAAUGUUCCGAAGGGAGCUCACCUUUGAGCAGACCCUCAGUCUGUGGGAGGUGAUGUGGGCUGAUCAGGCAGCGAACCGUGCUGGAAUCGCAAAAUCGUCCUUAGGGAAACUGAGGUUAGGAGCCCCUCCAACUGAUGACUUGCUACUAUAUGCAAUCGCUGCUAGCGUGCUGCAGAAGAGGAAACUGAUAAUAGAGAGUUAUAGCAGCAUGGAUGAGAUCAUAAGGGAGUGUAACAGCAUGGCUGGGCAGCUGGACAUUUGGAAGCUCCUGGACGAUGCUCAUGAUCUAGUAACAACCCUUCACGGUAGGAUCGAGUAGUGAUACGCUGUACUCGUUUUGUACACGGCUUGUUGUAUUAGUUUUCACAUUUUUCACCUUUCCAUUAUAUUUUCAUCUCUUUUU